AUGCUGCCCACUGCCCGUCGAAUUCGACUGUGGCUUAUGACAUUGUUCCAGUCGUUACAAGCCAGCAUUAUGGCUAUCCUCGAGACUCUUCGAGCAGGGCUUUGGAGCGAACAAAACUACCAGCUUCUUGAGGGAGCUCGAGAGACAUCAUCUUACUACUAUGCACGCACGACAAGGAGGACUUGGACCAUGGCUGUUUCUGUAGCAGCAGUGAUUUUCUUCCUUUGGGGUUUCCUGUUACCUCCGACAAACUUCAGCCGCAUUGUCAAUGAGCGUUUGUGCGAUCAUCCCAUCUCCAUACUUGCGUCCGAUGCCUCGCAAGCGUUCAAUGAAACUUUGACGCGCCAGUCCAAGUCAUUAGACGAGGCAGUAACGGAAUACCGUCGACGUUAUAACAUGCCACCACCUCCCCACUUCGAUAAAUGGUACGAGUUUGCGAAGCAGCGGAACACGGUUUUGAUCGAUGAAUAUGAUACGAUAUACCAUUCCAUGCUGCCUUUAUGGGGGCUUUCGCCGAGUGUAAUCCGUUCGCGUGUCAGAGAGGACCUGGGCUUCGAUAACGUGGUGAUGGGUAUCUCUAUUCGCAAUGGCGAGCCCAUUCACCUGGGCAAUGGCCAGGGAAACUUCCAACGGGACGCCGCAAUGAAGCAAUUCAACAAAUUUGCUCAAUGGCUGCCGGAUAUGGAUCUCGAGUUCAAUGUCCACGAUGAGCCGCGGGUCGUUGUUCCUCACGAGGAGUUACACAGACUGGUAAUGAAAGGCUAUGCAGCUCAGGCUAGGUUGAACGGCAACUCAUCAUUGUUGAAUCAUUUUUCCGACAAUAAUAGCACUGCGCAGCCUAUCCCAGAAGUAUUCAGUACCAGGUUUAUUAAUCUCGAACGGCAAGAAACCUGGCUUUAUUCCCGACUAUCGUGCCCACCCGACAGCCCGACCAUGAACCUCGAUGGCAACGCGCCAGACAAUACUAGUGCAUUUGCCAUCGAGCCAUUGGGGUUUGUGUUCAAUCAAUCCGCCUCUAGCGAUAUCUGCAAUAGUCCCUCGCUACAACAUCGCCUUGGAAUAUUCGAGCGGCCCAAUGCCUUCAAGCUCACGAACGAGCUAGUCCCUAUGUUCUCAAUGUCGCGUCCAUCUUCAUUCCAAGAUAUCCCUGUCCCUUCACCAUGGUACUACGAGGAAGUCGGAGGCUAUGAACCAGAACCCGAUAUCCCUUGGGAGUCAAGGGAAGGACAAAUAUACUGGCGAGGAACUACUACCGGAGGACACAGUCAUGGUGGAUCCUGGCAAAAUUUGCAGCGACAGCGAGUGAUUGCAUCGUUAGAACGCAGAUUGGGACAUCAUAUUUUGGAACGCAAGGAAGAGUUCACUUGCAGCAUCGGGGGUGACAAAGGAUGGAAAGUUCGCGAGGCAAAUCAAACAGAGCUCAUCGGAUAUUUCAACGCCCAUUUUGUUGAUAUAGUCGAUUGUGAGGAGGACUGUUUCGACGAGCGGACGUUCUUUGAUGUCGUGGACCGGGAUGAUCGCAAUGAGGCGUGGAAAUACCGCUACUUAUUGGAUAUGGAUGGCCACGCCUACAGCGGGCGAUUCUAUGCCUUCAUGCGGAGCAAGAGCAACGUGCUCAUCCCAUGGGUCCACUACGUGCCGCUCAACAAGGAUGCCAACGAAAUCCCUGAGAUUGUGCGAUUUUUCGAGCAGGACCCUGCCGGCCAGGAGAUUGCUCGCACGAUUGGCGAGGAAGGGCAGUCAUGGGCUGCGAAGACACUCCGGAAUGAUGACAUGGAUGUCUAUAUGUUCCGGCUUAUGAUAGAAUACGCCCGUGUGCAAGACGACCAACGAGAGAAUCUGGGUUUCAUUUCCCUGGUUCCGUUGGCUGAGAGCUUAUCCCAGCACUCUUACUGA